GACGAUUUAUUUAAGUUAUGAGAGAUAGAAAAAUAAAUCCGACUGUCGUUUUCUUUCGAGGAAAGAAACAGCGUGCGCUCGGCUGCGUUUCUUGUUUCAGCCUGCUCGCGCCGCGGAGCUGCUGGUGGGUUUAUAAGCUCGGCGAGAAUCCUGGGACUUGGUGAUGUCAGACUGGUUGGGUCAUUUGAAGGUUAGCAGCCUCGGAAGGGUUCAUGGAAAGUUCACUCGCAUAUAUUAGGCAAUUCAAUCUUUCAUUCUCUGUGACAAAACUAGUAGGAAAUGAGCUGCAUAGAGGCAGGAUAACCCAUUCGUCAUCGGAGGGAAGAAGUGGUUUUAAAGCGCGAUCUGUGUUAUUUAUAAAAAAUAUUUCAAUCCGCCGGGGUUGAUCGAAGACAGUCUCUCGCUUAUGUCGUUAACCGGACGGGACGGGCUAAGCAAAACAUUACGAGAUAAACACGGCGGAACAUUACGGCGGGGAAUCGCAGGAACCCUUUUGUCGCUCCGUCGGGACUACGUAGAAAAUGGCAAAUGAUCAUUUGGAUCAAUUACAAGCCUUUAAUAUUCUUGUCUGUCGCAAUUUAUGAAUCCUGUCUGGAAAGAAGAUUGUAUGUGCCAAAUACGGGACAGAGUUUAAUGGAGUUGUGUGCACUUUUCUAUGCGAUCCCGCUCCAGAACUAAACGGAAAAAAAACACCUAUUUUGCACGCUGUCGGGAAGGGACAUCAUGUUCGACUGCAUGGACGUUCUCGCCGUGAGUCCAGGGCAAAUGCUGGAUUUCUACACGUCGAGUCCGUCGUCCUGUAUGUUGCAAGAGAAGGCUCUCAAAGCAUGCUUCAGCGGACUGGCUCAGCGGGACUGGCAGCAUCGCCGGAGCGCUCAGUCGAUCGAGACCCAGAGCACUAGUUCUGAGGAGCUGGUUCCGAGCCCCCCCUCUCCACUGCCCCCGCCCCGCGUCUACAAGCCCUGCUUCGUGUGCCAGGACAAGUCCUCAGGGUACCACUAUGGGGUCAGCGCGUGCGAGGGGUGCAAGGGUUUCUUUCGCCGGAGCAUCCAGAAGAACAUGGUGUACACGUGUCACCGGGACAAGAACUGCAUCAUCAACAAGGUGACGCGGAACCGCUGCCAGUACUGCCGCCUGCAGAAGUGCUUCGCCGUGGGAAUGUCCAAGGAGUCCGUGAGGAACGACAGGAACAAGAAGAAGAAGGAGUCUCCCAAGCCGGAGCUGGUGGAGACGUACGAGCUGACGGCCGAGCUGGAGGCCAUCAUAGAGAAGAUACGCAAGGCCCACCAGGAGACCUUCCCCUCGCUCUGUCAACUGGGCAAAUACACCACGAACUCCAGUGCGGACACGCGCGUGCGUCUGGACCUGGGUCUGUGGGACAAGUUCAGUGAGUUGGCCACCAAGUGCAUUAUUAAGAUCGUGGAGUUUGCCAAGCGCGUGCCGGGCUUCACCGCACUCACCAUCGCCGACCAGAUCACACUCCUCAAGGCCGCCUGCCUCGACAUCCUGAUCCUGCGCAUCUGCACGCGCUACACGCCGGACCAGGACACCAUGACGUUCUCCGACGGGCUGACGCUGAACCGCACGCAGAUGCACAACGCCGGGUUCGGCCCCCUCACCGACCUGGUGUUCACCUUCGCCAACCAGCUGCUGCCCAUCGAGAUGGACGACACCGAGACCGGCCUCCUCAGCGCCAUCUGCCUCAUCUCGGGAGACCGGCAGGACCUGGAGGAGCCCUCCAAGGUGGACCAGCUGCAGGAGCCUCUGCUGGAGGCGCUGAAGAUCUACGUGAGGAAGAGGAGGCCCAGCAAGCCCCACAUGUUCCCCAAGACCCUGAUGAAGAUCACUGACCUGAGGAGCAUCAGCGCCAAAGGUGCAGAGAGGGUCAUCUCUCUGAAGAUGGAGAUCCCCGGCUCCAUGCCCCCCCUCAUCCAGGAGAUGCUGGAGAACUCCGAGGGACAGGACGGCCAGGGCGAAGGGAAGGGGGGCGAGGGCAAGGGCAAGGGGGGCAAGGGGGGCGAGGGGAAGGGGGGCAAGGGUAAGGGGGGCGAAGGGAAGGGGGGCAAGGGGAAGGGGGGCAAAGCAGACGACUCUCACACCCCCGGAGACUCCAAAUCUGCCCCCGCCCCCGCCUCCUCCCCCGAGCCCACCACAGAGGACGGCCCGGACGAUGAACCCUAAAAACCCUCCCACACACACACACACACACACACACACACACACACACACACACACGCACACACAUACAUCCUGACAUCAAUCCUCCUGAACCCUACAACAUUCUGUUGUUUUUGCACACGGCCACCUCGGAGUCACAGGGACAUGAAGACAACAUGGUGGGGACUGCCUCGGCCCCGUCCCCGUGGUUACCAUCCGUACCAUUCCACUCAAUCUCAGCCCUCUCCCUCUCUCCCUCUCUCUCUCGCUCUCUCCCCCGCUGGCCUCUUCAACAUGGGACUCAAAAACAGGAGGGACCAGUGAUGUGUGUGUAAAUCAAACAGAAGCUCCGUACGGCAUCACUCUCUCUAAAGACUCGGAAAAAACACACAGUCUGUGUGUGUACCUGUAUGUGAGUGUGUGUGUGUGUGUGUGAGAGAGAGUGUGUGUUUUACCCAGAUGCCCAUCUGUACACAAAGGUGACCCUCCUCAUGGCCCUGGUGUACAUUUAAAAAAAAAAAAAAAACUGCAUGAGGGGCUUCAAGUUAUUCUCUCUUUCUUUCUUUCUUUCUUUCCUUCUUUCUUUCUUUCUUUCUUUCUCUCUUUCUCUCUCCUGUUGUUGGCAUACAUUGUACAUACCAUUGUAUGGUAAGCUCUGUUUCUUGAAGACUGUGGUGCUUCAGUUUAUUGUCUUAAAUAUUAUCGUUUGAGGCGAUACCUUAUGAUAAUGAGGGGACUGUGUAGAAGUCCUUUUUACAAAAACAGUUAUAUAGAAUGUUCUUGCCUAUAGACAGUUAAGUCUAAUAUUUUGUUGUUCUUAUAUUUAAUGCUUUUUUUGGUUUGUUUCAUGCAUUUUGGAGAAGAAAAAAAAAAAAAACAGACUGUCAUGCUUCGUUAUGGAAGAAGUCCGCCGUGCUCCGGCAGAAUGCAAUGACUUUCAUAUCAGCCA